CCUGUUUUGCGGGUGGACACAGACCUUUGUUCUCGCUACGCAACUCACGGGUUCACGGCGAAGCAAGAAAGAUUUAUCCGCGUCGCAAGGUUCAUAGCGUUUGGCCAGGCAUAAAUCAGAUCAAAGUAUCUGAUCGAAAAGUAGAGUCAUGCAGCGUGCAACCGCUGUCCUCUUGUACCUUGCCUGUACCGCGGCUGUGACGUCGACUGUAGAGGGGUCUUGUAGGGACCAAUACCGAACCUGUCCAGGGUGGGGUGCGUCGGGGUAUUGUGAUAAGCCGUUUUACAAGUCAUUUAUGAAGCUGAUGUGCGCCUACACGUGUGACACUUGUGAUGUUAUCGAAGAACCAAAACCACGAAAAGACGAAAGUUUAACAACUUCUGCGCUUGGAGAAGACGACAAAACAACCAAUCAGGAGGGGGCUCCAGUGUUAUCCAGCCAAUCAGAACAGAGCACCUCAGGUGAAAAGCAAAAUAGCCAAUCACAGGUACAAGGGGAAUCCACCAAUGAUAACGAAGAGAAUGAAAGGAACGAUAACGGGUCUCAAUCCGGAGAAGAGGCUACUGAGCAAGAAAAGGCAAAAUCAGAUGACGCCGGGGGGUCUGCCAACGAGGACAUUAUGACCGGAGCAGCUUCCAGUCAGCCUGUGGCGGGAAGGAAAGAAAAGCCUCAACUUAAUGUCGAGGCUCUUACAGAUCACACCCAGUCUCCCGCAGUACCGCAAGAUGGUGACGACACUUCCGCGUCCGGAUCCAGCCAAUCGGCUGGCGCUCGAGAUAUAGUCCUACACGAAGACUACGAUGACGAAGUGAAUCCGCGAUCAGAAAUCAGUAGUCCUUCCCAAAAAACACAGGCGCAGACAGGAGCAAUUUCGCCGGAAGAGGUGUCAAGCCUUGAGGACGACGACUCUACUGAUGGAGAUGCCAAACCUAAUAGCGUUACUUCCGGUUCAGGUCACGCAGCUCAUGAUGAGAUGAAAGACAUUGCUGGUGACGUCACUUCCGGAUCAAAAAUUUUCGAAACGAAUAUAGGAGAGGAUAUCACUUCCGGUUGCUCGUCUGGGUUUGGCUGCUCUUCCGGUAAUGACGACACAGGCCGCUCUGAGGGAGGGGAGGGUGGAUUACCUAUAAUGUCGCGCUCUAGUAUUGCAAGGCCGACAUCCAAGGUAGAAACUGUCGUUGCAGCUUCCGGUUCCGGUAAAGAAAGCACCGGAAAUGACGUUAACGAGAAAACAGCACAGACAGCCCCCACUAACCCAGUUGAAGUUGCUGCAACAAAAUCAUCCUCUAACUAUGCCUCUGGUAGUUCCGGAUCCGGAAGUGACGCCACGGAAAACACAGGAAACAAUGAUGUUAAAACCUCUGCUCCUUUAGAAAACGUCGUGAAAAUCAAGGUUCAUUCGCCAACUCCAGGGUUUGGAAUCACGAAGCUAAAACACAGCACAGCCAAGUUAAGUUACAAGACCUGGAAUAAAUCUGGUAAAAAGGUCGAGACGGAAGGGGCGGGGAUAGAUGGGGACGACGAGUUCGAGGAUGAGGCUACGACGUAUAGUAUACAUAGUGAACAAGCACCUUCCGGUUCCGGUGAGGUAGACAAAGAUCGAUCGGAAAAACAGCCUGUGGUAUCAACUGUCUCAACAAACGCGGCAGCUUCGGAAACUGUAGAGGAUACUAAAGAAACAAAAUCAAAGCCUCUUGCUAAGAUAGAUCACAAAAUUGAGGACAAGUUGUCUCAGAAGAAAACAGCAAAGAUUGUGUCUACUUCCGGUGCUGAUGACAAGCAGGCAUCGUCUUCUUCCGGUUCCGGCGAGAUCAGUGAAGGGAAUGUGUAUUCAUUAAAGGGAGAGCAUGAGAUUGAAGAUGCCGUAUACGAGGAAGGAAUACUGCUAAAGCCAACAAUGAAGGUAAAGGCGUCUCCACAAGAGGAGAAAAACGAGACCGGGGUGAAAAAAGUACACAAGAAAACCGGUAAGGCAGCUAAGGCGUCCAAGAAGCAAGCAAAAAUGGACAAACCAUCUAAAAAGACUAAACAGGGAUCGGUUAAAACUAAGCCAGCAAUAAAGGUACGACCACAGAAGGCAAAAGACGAACAAGGAGUGAAGUACGAAAGCAAGAAAACCUAUAAAGUAGUCGUUUCUAAGAAACCAGUUAAACAGGACAAGCCUAUUGCAAACAAUGUGAAAAAUAAAGGUGAACCAGAGAUUAAAGUGGUCCCAGAAAAAGCGAAGGAUGAGCCCGGAGUCAAAUACGAGAAUAAGAAGGGGAGAACGGCUGGCAGGCUAGAGCAUGCGAAGGUACAUACUUCAGAGAACAAACAGAAGGACUUAUCGUCUCCCCUAGCACGUGAUCGGAUAAGCGAGAUGGAAGAGAUGAUCAUGGGUGCUGCCGUCAAGGCCAGCAGGCUGAGGGAGGAGGGCGGGGCAGCUCGGGAGGAGGUUCCAGAAUCUGAGGAAGAAGACCACGUGGAGCCUGCUCCGAGUGAUUUAGGUAAAGGUGUUAAAGUGUCCCUGAUAUUAAAUCAAGACUACCAUCACGAGUACAGCGAAGAGGACUCCAUGGCUUAUGAAAUACUGGCUCAGAACCUGAAAAAGGAGGUGGAACAAGUUGUUGGAAGCGACUCGGUUGUCUCCGAAAUAAGGUUCAGUAAAGAGAAAUCCAAGAGCAAAGUACCCCGUGUGCUAGCCAAGUUCAAACUUCUUGGAAAUGGAGAGACGUUACACAAAGCCGUAAAGGGAGGGUUCAUAGAAAACAUCGCAGUCGACCAGAAAUUCUUUAAGAUUGCUUAGAAUCAUAUUUUUCGGAUCCGUGUAAAUUCAGAAAUGAAGCGUUUUAAGGAAAUAGCAGCAAUCGCGAAUUUGUAUAACAAAUAUUACUCGUUUUAUGGGGGACUGACAUUUCUAAUAUGGGUAAAUAAAAAAUUGAACGUACACUUAUUUUAAAUAAGGUUACACUCGAAAAUACAUCUAUCGUAGCCCGCAGUGGUUCAUGGGUAAUGAAUAAAUGGGUAAAUCCUUGUAUCUGAACGCCUUGUGAGUGUUAAAAGAUGCAUAAAUUUGAAAACUUCGAAAACCUGGAUUUGCUUUUUUUGAUUUUUCUAAGAGUAUAACCUUAUUUUAUUAAUAAUACAUCUGAUGGUAAGCUUACAGAGCGUGUAAAAAGUAGAUUUUAAAGCUUAUUUUCUUUCCUUUUUAUUUAAGACGAUAAAAUAAAGAUUUAUUUGUAAUUUAUAAAAUAAAAAUAUUUUUCAUGAA